AGCUCUGUGACAGAUGUGAAAGCUGGAAAACUCAGCUCCACUCGUAAACUUAAACGAGAUAUGCCACACUCACACACGUACCGUUAAAGUACAUUCUAAGCAUUUUCUUGCACUGUUACUCAUCCAAACAGAUCGAAAAACAACAUGGGCUCUGAAGGCUCUAUUAGUCUUCCAGUGAUUGAUUUCUCUUUCUCAGAAUUAAGGCCAGGUUCUCCCCCCUGGGACUUGGUGAAAUCCCAAGUCGGAAAAGCCGCUGCGGAGUAUGGUUGCUUCCAGGCUUUGUUCAACAAAAUUCCUCGAGACCUUCGAAACGCAAUGAAUGGAGCAAUGGAAGAGAUGUUGCAAUUGCCUUUAGAAAACAAAAGGCGCAAUGUUUCUGAAAAACCUUAUCAUGGUUAUCUUGGACCAACUUCAGCGAGGUCAUCAAUCUUCGAGAGCCUAGGCAUAGUUGAACCUAGUAUCUACGAUAUGGUCGAAAACUUCACCAAUGUCUUGUGGCCUGAAGGGAACAUAAAAAUCAGCAAAACUGUGCAUUUAUUCUCUGAACCAGUGCUGGAAUUAGGUCAAAUGGUAAGGAGGAUGAUUGUGGAGAGCUUGGGUGUUGAGAAAUACUUGGAUGAGCAUAUAAACUCAACAUACAAUCUUCUCAGGGUCGCCAAAUAUGAGGCACCCCAAACUACAGAGAAAAAGACAGGGCUCAUGGCUCACACAGACAAGAACAUAACAAGCAUACUGUACCAAAAUGAGGUGGAUGGGUUAGAGAUACAAACCAAAGAUGGAGAAUGGAUCCCUGUGAAGCUUUCACCAGAUUCAUUUUUAAUCAUAAUCGGAGAAUCUUUCAAUGCUUGGACAAAUGGUCGACUGUAUAGCCCAUACCAUCGCGUUAUGCUGAGUGGAAGCAAGACAAGGUACUCUGCUGCGUUCUUUUCAGUCCCAAAGGAAGGCUACAUAAUAAAAGCCUUGGAAGAGCUAGUGGACGAAGACCACCCCUUGCUGUAUAAGCCUUUUGAUUACAGUGACUAUCUUAAUCGCCGUUUUGCAGAUGAUGGGAAGAGCAAAUCCAUACCUGCUCUGAAGAAUUAUUUUGGUAAUGGUAUCUGAUAUAUUUGGCCGUGU